UCGUUCUGGAAGGGAGCCGGGGAACGAGAGAAGUCGAGAACACGGAGGUGGGGAGUUCUCUUCACUUUCUCCAAUCCGACAGUCAGUUGGAGUGCGAGUGCUACAGAUACAAGAGGCAGUCGGGUCAAGGAGAAACUAGGAAAGAGGAAAAUGUCCCGGAUUCACGUUCUUAUAAGCUACUUUCGUUUGCUGGAAAGCUGAGGAAGUUCGCUCCGCCUUAUCGAAAAAUGAAGAAGGAAUGCCAUACCGAAACAGGAAGGCGAACGAAAAUUCACUCAAGAUCCUGAGAUGGGCUGGUGGUCGAACGACGACAACGGAGGCCCCACUUUGUACACAGUCCCGAACAGAACAGCUGUCACUGGAGAUGUCUCCUGCAUCGCGGCCUGUCUCACAUUCGUCACCCUUUAUAUAGCAUUCCUCAUCAUAUUUCCCGGCGUGAGGAAGGAGAGAUUAACGACUUUUACUACAGUGACUCUAAGCCUUUUUGUUGGAAAUGUCAUAAUGGUCUGUCGGAUGGGAUCGAGUUGGCAUGUGGCUAACACGAAGAUCUUAAGUCCGUAUCGGGCCUUUUCCAAGGAGUUGCUCGCAGCCGAGCUCGGUGCUUACAUAGGCCUUGCUCAUAUUAACAUAACGUUACUCGGGGACAACAACACGGAUAUAGACUUCAACGAAAGAUUUACAUGGAGGGGCUCCGGAGAGAUGGGCGAGAGCUACAAAGCAGGGCUGGAAAGGGGGCUUCCUUUCCCGAUCCUGACAGUCGCAGAAUAUCUAACCCUAGGCCAGGAGGGUUUCACCUGGGGUGGAAACUACAGGCACGCGGGAUACUACGCCUCCAUUUUCCUCUGGGCGGCGUUCGCAUGUUGGCUUUUGAUGAACCUCCUCCUCGUCGUGGUACCACGAUACGGUGCUUGUGCCAUGUCGCUGACUGGUACCUUGAUGCUCGGCUCGGCAUUCGCGUACCACUGUCUCCUGCCUGUCAACCCGCUUAAAGUCCGAUUCGAACAUUCGAUGCUUUCGUUCAAAUUCGGCUGGUGCUUCUGGCUCGUCGUCGUCGCAGGAGCGCUCUGUUUCUUCGCCGGUGCGGUGAUCAUAAUCAUUGAUCUCAUAUACCCUAACAGAUUUAGUACGAUACUCGAAGUAGACUACGACACGCCGUACGAUAGGCAUGUGAUCAUAGAAGAAUCCCAUUAUAAGAGGAGGACCGGCAAAGGUCUUGAAGAGCCGCCGGGCCUCGGAAGAAGGAUUCUCAGGCGAUUGUCAUCGAAGAAGGAGGAAAGGAAUCUAGAAGGUCAGAACAAUGCCGGUUUCGAGAUGGACGUACCGAAAUCGCCAUGGAACUAUCCGCUUCAUCGGCCGGCGCUGCACGCCGCCUUCAGACGGCAAGACUCAGCAUCAAGCGCCGCAUCAAGCAUUAAUUCUCCCCCUGUAGGAUAUCCAUUUCAAAGUUUUCGACAACCGAGUAGCUCUGAAAAGCCAAAGGAAGUAGUCAUGUGGUGAUUGACUCAAAAGGGGAAGGAUGAAACAGUGCCAUUUUCUAUCUAAAAAAACUGGUACAUAUUGUAAAUAUCUUCAAGCCAUUUGUGUGUCUUAGGGGUGUUUUAAAUUGUUCAUAUUAUUGCAUAAAUAUGCUAAGUGUGAUGUUGGGAUGUGUACCUGAUUUAUAAAACAAAUUGUGAAUAGGUCAAGCGAUAAAAAAAUAUAUACUGAGCAACCCAAUAUGAUUUACAAAAAAAUCAUGAUAACUGAAAUUUUUAAUCAAAAGUGUCUCACUUUACGAUACGUAUGUUGCUCAAUAUGAAGACAAUUAUUGUUAAACAUUUAAAAAGUGAUUUAUUCCUCAGAUAGGCUGUAUUUAUAUAUUAUGUAAGGUAUGUAAUUGUCCUUUUGUGGUGUAAUAAAUAAUUAAUUUACUUGAUUAUUUAAUUUAUAACAUUAAUUUUUUGUAAAUAGUUAUUGAGUCAACUGAAUUAACAUUGCAUUUGAUAUGCCAAAUGUGAUAUUACAAUUAUAUUAUACUGACUUACUAUA